CGACACAGGGCAAAGCGAUACGGUAACCGCAGUCUGUGCGGAGAAGUCUCGAACAAGAGCACGUAGAAAGAUUUUUUAUUCAACGCCCCCUUCUUUGUUUUCUGUUCGCUGGACUUGACUUGGCAGUCAUCAAUAGUAGCUGACAGACAGUCAAUGGACCGAAAUAGUUCAAUUAGCAAUAAGUCAUCGCGCUGCCGCCAACUUGGUUCGUAAUUGGCGCUAAUUGAUUUGAUUGGUCCACUGCACAACGAUACAGUCAUUGCCUACUACGAUCGCGGUCGGUUCCAGUUGUGAAAAGCUUUUGGUUUUGCCGACGGCAAGUGCGUUUAUGCUAAGGAUCACGGUUUCGUCACUGUCUGUCAUUGUGUAAUUUCGAAAGAUUUGUAUCGAUCAGUUCGUUGCGAGAUUUUCGUUAGUGUAAACACGUCCGAAGAGUUGUGUAAAAAGGCAAAUACAAGUUAUUGCGCACGGAACGAAGUGCCUGUGACCUUUGCCAUCGUUUUUGGAAGAAAGAAGAAACACAAAAAAAAAAAUAGAAAGCAAAACGGAGAGGAUUUUUUCCUAGAAAUGAAUGGAUACAUUACCUGAUCCUUCGGGUUGUGCAUUCCCUUGAGAUAUUCACAACAGCACUCGGCGGGAGAGCAGUGCAGUGAAACAGAAAGGACUAACAUCGACGAAAAAGAUGGAUAAGUGACAGUCGAGUUCGGAAUUGUGCGUUUCAGUGUGUUUGGAAUAUUUAGUGUGUAUUUCGGAAAGCUAUGCCGGAGAAAGAGACUUUCCACGAGCACAUGCAGGUGCAUCCGUUCCAUCAUCCCGGUCACCCGUUGGCCACGGCAGCCCAUCACCAUCCGGGAUUGGCCGCAUCGCAUGGUCUAGUGGCGGCAGCGGCCGCCGCUGCCAACGGUGGUAAUCCGGCCGGUAGCUACAGCCCACUGCAGAUCCCGUCGGCAUUCGUCGCAUUCCAUUCGCAGCUUCCCUCGAUGGAACAACGGGCGGCACACGAUGGCCGCUACGGACUCUGGGAUCCGACCGGGCCACCGUCCUACCACCACUCAACGUCCCACGGACUGUCUAACAAUGCAAAUUUCGCUGAGUUGCAAUUUUUAAGCGCCCGUCGAGCUGCCGUUGCCGCAGCAGUGGCCAGUGCAGAGGCCGCCGCCGGUACGGUCCUACCACCACAUCCACCGGCACCAGCAACGGUGGUCCCGACAGCCGUUUCGCCGCCCGUUACAAUCGAAGAACGCAACAGUGCCGCCAACGGUGGUGGUGGUGGUGCUGCUGCACGGGGAAACUCCAGUCCCGGACUGCCUACUACCAAUGGUGGAAGCCCACCGGGUCCGAACGGAGGCGGCGGCGGCGGUGGUGGACAAUCUGCUGGACAGACCACACUUCCCUCGGUACCAGUGCCACAUCCCGGCGAUUUCCAUCCGGCCUACAGGAUACCCGGCUACAUGGAACAUCUCUACUCGCUCCAGCACGCGUCGGCUUCGCUGCAUGGUCUUGGACUCACCUCGGAGUACAUCAACGCUCGUAAUGCCAUCGGAGAUCUGCACCCGGCGAACUCACUUGCCAGCGCUGAUUUCCAUUUCAGUAUCGAUGCCGCCAGUCGUCUCAACAGUCCUCGACCCGGAAGCAUACGGGCAAGCGUUAGUCGCAAACGUGCGCUAUCGUCGUCGCCGUAUUCGGACUCAUUCGACAUCAGUUCGAUGAUACGUUACUCCCCGAACUCACUGGCAUCGCUGGUCAAUGCAUCACGCAGCAGCAGUGCCAGUGGAUCGUACGGCCACUUGUCAGCCAGUGCCCUCGGACCGGCCCUCGGAGUUCACAGUGCAAUGCCACCACAUUUGCAGCACUUGCUGAGGAGUAGUGGAUUCCUGCACUCACUGCCAGGGCACCAUCCGCCGACGGCUAGUAUGUUCUCGCUGCCACCACACCAUCCACUACAUCCGGGACAUUCCCUGACGAAGCCACAGGAAAUCACCGAUCUCUCGAGCAAAAAGCCAGAACAACCGCACUCCACAAACCACGUGACACGCGUGGAAGCGGACAGUGCCAGCAAUGCCCAGCAGAAGAAAUCGCGCAUCAAACGGGAACCGUCGCUGCACAUCCCGAUGCACAAGGGAAGCCCACCGAACGGUUCAGCAAUGAUUACCUCCAACCAUCAGCUCAGUCCGACCUCCACUCAGGGUAUGACGAACGGGACGACCACCUCAACGGCAGCUACCUCCACCACGCACAAUGGAGCGCACGGUUUGAAUCUCAGUCCGAUGCACAUUAUGGACAGCCAUGGGAUGUGCGGUUCCAAGGUGGACUCAACCGAUCCGAAAGACGAACCGGGAGAUUUCAUCGAAACCAACUGCCACUGGCGAGACUGCUCGCUGGAAUUCAACACUCAGGACGAACUGGUGAAGCACAUCAACAACGAUCACAUCCACGCGAACAAGAAAUCGUUCGUCUGCCGAUGGGAUGACUGUUCCCGAGACGAAAAACCCUUCAAGGCCCAGUAUAUGUUGGUGGUGCAUAUGAGAAGGCACACGGGCGAGAAGCCGCACAAAUGCACGUUUGAAGGCUGCUGCAAGGCAUACUCCAGACUGGAGAAUCUCAAAACUCACCUGCGGUCUCACACCGGUGAAAAACCGUACACCUGUGAAUAUCCGGGUUGCAGCAAAGCAUUCAGUAAUGCUUCCGAUCGAGCCAAGCACCAGAACCGCACUCACAGCAAUGAGAAACCAUACGUUUGUAAAGCACCCGGAUGCACCAAACGAUACACGGACCCAAGUUCCCUCCGGAAGCACGUCAAAACGGUUCAUGGGGCCGAAUUUUACGCCAACAAAAAGCACAAGGGUAACGGGCAUCAUGGCGGAAGUGGUGGAGGCCACGGAAGCGGCGGGGAUGGUGGAGAUGAUGGGGAAGGUUCGAACCAUAUGUUCGACGGAAGUCCACGAAGCGAAGAUAUGCAAAGUGGCAAGACGACGAGCAUGAGCAGUCCCAGCAUCAAAUCGGAAUCGGAUGCCCACUCGCCUGGACAACCACCGAUAAACAGUCCGAUGUCCAUUUCCGCUCUUACCGCGGGACUGGUGGAUGACUAUGACGGCAGUAGCAUGCAGUUGGGUAGCCUUGCAGCGAUUGACGAUCCAGCUUGGCCGUAUGUUGAUGAGGAUCUUGAGGUUGCUGAUCUUCCGUAUGUUCUGCGUGAAAUGGUUGACAUGGGAGGUCCUACGUCAGCAGCCACAACUGGAACACGUGCAGGAGCUCCGAGGAAUCGGUUCAAGAAUCGCAUCAACAAUAAGGGCUCGCUGAUGAGCAACAUGUUGUCCAACAUCCCGGAGAUCAACAACUACCGUAACAACUUCGGAUUGGGUGAACUGAACCGACGGAUCAUCGAUCUCAAGAUGGAACCGGGAACGACUCCUCCCCCACAGCCAUCACCGAUAUCCAAGAACUGUCAGACUGAUUUGGGUCAACUAAGACCACCGACUGGUCCGUCGCCGUCGUGUACGAAUGCGAUGAUGACGAACACUUAUCUUAACCCCGGCCAGCUACGUAGAGACAGUAACAAUAGUACAACCAGUAGCUCGUACUACAGUAUGCGAUCGGCAGACAUUAGCCGGCGGAGUAGCCAAGCCUCCCAGCAGAGCUCGAUAUCCACUAUGCGUCCUACCAGUUACUACAACUCGUCGUUUUACGAUCCGAUCUCACCGGGAAGCUCCAGGCGAUCCAGUUCGAUGUCUACGGCUACGAAUGGAGGUCAGAGUUUACCUCCUCCUCCGUCUUCUCACUUGAUCUCGACGCACCUGCAACGAUUCAAUCAGGGUUCGAUGGGCAAUCAGGCAGCUGGAUCAUCACGACAUUCAAUUCCUAACAAUAUGAGUGGUGGAAGCUUUUACCAUCAACAGCAGAUGUUAGGACAGAUGGAUCGUAGAAUGUCCGAACCAGUAACAGCAAACCAACAGGGUUCGGUCGGAGUAGUGGUAGGAUCUCAGUUCGGGACAGGAUUCGGUGGAUCUUCACGACCGCUCUCAGGAGCUCCAAAGAGCAGUACGAUAACCUCCGGAGCCGUGGCCAAAGCUCACGCACCUCAAGCUGGCAAGCUCCACCCUAACCAGGAGGUUGUGCUGGACGAGGUCGAAGAAGGUGAAAUGGUCGAAAACAAACUAGUGAUUCCGGAUGAAAUGUUGCAGUAUCUGAACCAAGUUGCAGAUCAGGAGAGUAAAAUAACCGUACCGCAGGGUAUGUCAACACCGAAUUCAGCUGCCGCAGACAACGCAGGCCCAUCUGGUUGGAAUCCUAGUGAUAAUUCUCCCCCAGCAUAUUCCGGAAACUCGACACUUCAGAAGCAACCGGCUUCCUUCAACCAGGCGCAAUCUAAUUUGAACAAUGUGUUGUUGAGUCCCCAAUCGCAAUACAGCAACGACGACUGCAGUCUUAUGAGUAAUGUGAUGUCUCCGCAGACACCACAACACCAGAUGAUGUCUCCGAUGAUGCCAGAGAGUGCUGCUGCACCGUUGACACCGCAGCAAUCAACACCGGUUCAGUGUCAAGCGCAACAUUUCAACCGUCAACAAGGCUUCAAUUUCCCCCAGAAUCAACCACCUCAGUUACGACAGAUUGCCUGUUCGAAUUUGAUUGGUUACUUCCAUCGUACCGAUCAAAGCGCCCAUCACUGCUGUCUGGCAAUGAUGAUGCAAGGAGCACUCAACAUUAAUCCUUCAUCUGGACCGGGAGGCACCAACAACGGCAAUCCUCAACAGUACAAAAAUCCCUUCAGUAAUCACUUCAACUCUAAUUUUUCUGCCGCUUCACAACAACCAGCUUCCUCAGUUCCAACUGCCCAACCACCUCAUCCGGUGGAUAUCGAAAUUCAAUGCGGAGAUAUCAGUCAAUCUCAGAUGUCUCCGGCGGUGGCCACUCUUGCUACCGCACACCCUUCAACAAGCAGCCCCAAUCGCCAUACUACCCCACAGCAACCUACCAAACCUAUGGAGAGUAGUCUACAGACACCUCCACUUCCGUCGACUCCCACCGGAUUCGGAAAUAUAGCCCCAGCUGCCGCAACUGUCCCCACCGGAAUCGCUCCAACAGCAACAGUUGCAACGACGGCAGCAGCAGCAGCAGCUCCACCACCAACAGCCGCAUCAACAGUAGCCGGAACACAGUCGACCAUGGGUUCGGACACCUAUCAGCGAACCCUAGAAUACGUUCAAAACUGCCAAAACUGGGUAGAAUCAGCCGCGGACAUGGUCAGUAGCAGUACUCAUCCAGCAGUGGUAGCAGGUGCCAGUGCCGCAGCAGCUGCCACUGCCUCCAACCUGAUCAUCAAUGACAUGAGUACGUCACUCAGUUCUUACUUCGAGGAGGAUCGCUACCUGCAGAUGAUUCAGUGAGGAGUGACAAAACUUGAAAUUAUUUGUUUUUUUCUUCUCUCUAUUGUUUCUUAAACUCAUUGAUUGAGACUUACUCUGUUCAGAAGUUUUGUAGCGAAGAAAUAGUGAUCGGUUUAGUGUGUAAUGUUCUCAGUGAUCAUACGUAGCGAAAUGAAAGCGUCGAUUUCAUUCGGUUUGUAGAAAAUUCUAGCCAUUAAGAACCAGCGAUCAGCGUAGAUAUGUAAGAUCAGUGACAGCAUUUUCUUAGCUCUAUAAGUUCCCCCGCCCUUCUCCUCUGUGAAACACAAAGACGAUAGAUUUCCUUCAAUUGUAUGUUUCUAUGUUUAACUUUGAUCGUGUCUUCCUAUAGGAUCAUAGAAUUAGGAUUUAUCUAUUUUACACCGCUUCGGUAAGUGACUUCAAUCGAAAUAAAGUAUAGAUUACAGAGUGCCGUGAGAGGACAUUUUUUUCUGUCCUCUUUCGAGAACGGUUCCCGUGUAGACAAAACGACAGUUGUCAGAGAUUUAACGAAAAAAAGAGCCUUUAAUAGUACCUUAAUAAUAGGUCGAUUUAUUUUUUUUUAUGUAAAAAAAAAGAAUUGUUUUAGUACACCAUUCUGUACAUAACUGUCUCGAUUAUUAGACUUUAAAAAGAUUUAAGACAC